AUGGUCAAAUAUUGAUUGUGUAAUGUUAUGCAAUUAUGCAAAUUUACAUACGGGUCCAAUAUUACUUACACAUUACCGACUAAGUUUAAUUUCUGAUUCCACAAUACAUUUUUUUUUACAGAUGUCUUCAAAUAUGAACAUAGACAAGUUUUUUAAACGAAUCGGCAGUUUUGGGCGCUACCAAAUAUUAUUCAUCAUAAUACUUUCUCCACUGCAAGCAUUAUUUCCAAGUUGGCAAGUGCUGUCACCCGUGUUUAUUAUGUAUGAGCCACAACAUCGAUGUAAAACCGUUUCUAACGUUAGCAUACCCAUUCAGAAGGACGGAACGUUUUCAAAAUGUAGCAUGUAUAACGAAACAAACAUGUACCUAAAUGAAACAACAACCUGCGAGAAAGGCUGGGAGUAUGACAUAUCGAAGAAUGCAGUGACAUUGGUAUCUGAGCUGAAUUUGGUAUGUGACAAAGCAAUUCUUGCUCCAAACGCUGUCUCCAUUAUGUUCUGCGGCGUUUUGUUUGGAGCGUUAUCUAGUGGACAACUAUCAGAUAUGUUUGGACGCAAGAUGGUCGCCUGGGUUGGAAUGGUUGGUUGGAGCGUCGUCGGCAUCGGGAUAGCAUUCACUCACAGCUACAUAAUAUUCGUAAUCAUGUGGUUCAUAUUAGCAAUGUGCGUGGCGGCUACGUUUUCAUCCAUCUUCAUUUUAAUACUUGAGCUGUUUCCGCCUGAGCAAAGAUCAACGGCAUCCUGUAUUUCGCCAGUCUUUUGGGGAACAGGCCUUUGCUUACUUGCACCUAUCGGCUACCUCUUUCAAAAUUGGCGCUAUUUCCAACUUGCUAUUACGUUUCCUGUAAUUCUCUUCUUGCCUGGUUGGUGGUUUGUUGUUGAGUCUCCAAGAUGGCUUCAAUCGCAGGGUCGAAUGAGUGAUCUAAAAAAGGUACUUGUGAAGAUGGCUAAAUUCAACGGAGUUGACCCAGAUUUCAUAAACGAGGAUCAAGAUGAAUGUAAACCAAACGAAAACACAAAGAAAGUUAAUUGUUCAGUUAGAGUCCCCGGAACAAAGCCUAAUAUCUCAGAUGAAGAGACUAACGAUGUAAUUCAGCUGAAAUCAAAACGAACUUACACUUUUAUGGAUACAGUACGUACUUCACGGUUGCGUAUUGUUACUAUAGUUUUAAGUUACAUGUGGUUUGUGAACAGUUUGGUGUACUACGGAUUAUCUCUUAAUUCAUCUUCUUUGGCUGGAAAUCGUUUCGUGAAUUUCUUUAUCAUUGGCGUAGCAGAUGUAGCAGCCCAUCUAUUUACUUUGUGGGCAUUGCCAAGAUUUGCUCGCAGAAGAUUGGCUCUAGUAUUCCACGUUAUUGCUUCUGUUGGGUGCGUUUUGACAACAGCUAUUCCUCAAGAAACUGAUGACGGUAAAGAUCUCACAAUACUAAUUAUUGCUGUUGCUUUCAUCGGAAAAUGCUGCAUAACGGUUACUUUCGCACUUGUCUGGGUAUAUACUUCUGAAAUAUACCCGACAGUUAUCAGGAAUAUUGGACUCGGGGAAUGUUCUACAAUGGCGCGAAUUGGUGGUAUGUGCGCGCCUUACAUUAUGUACACGGGAAGAUCCAUUACGUGGAUACCGAUGGUGCUAUUUGCUACGUUGUCGCUGUUUUCAGGUUUAGUUGCUUUGUUGUUGUCCGAAACUUUGAACCGCCCUCUCCCAGAAACAAUCAAGGACGGUGAGGAUUUCAAGAAUGUAAAGCCUGUAACUUUAGCAUACUCACCCACUCCCGCUGAAGAUCUUGAUUACAAUUCUACGAAAAUUUAGAUUGAACUAAUACAUAAUAAUUGCUAACAUAAUAAUUACAUUUAUCUAUUAAAUCUAUUAGUUUAUAUGUAACCGUUUACAUUUACGUAUUGUUAGAGAAACUAGGGUACCAAACAUAAUUUAAUUAAUUGUUUUUAGUACAAUUUUAUUAAAUAGAAUUGCGAUUUUAUUAAAAUAUUGGAUCUAUAAUAUAAAA